AUGGCAGCGCUCUACAUUCUCAAGAGCCUCAGAUCCGCACACCCAAUAUUCUCUUGUUUAUCUUGCAAAAACCAGCUCGCAGUCGAAAGGUUUGCAGUAGCAGAUUCACACUUUCCUCUUCAAAAUCUAUCAUUCUGCAGACCCGUCACGACCAAAAUCUCAGCAGAGCAAGAUGAUUAUACAGUCUCUUACCUCGUAAACUCAUGUGGGUUGUCGCCGGAAUCAGCCAUUCGAGCAGCCCAGAAGGUAAAGCUGCGAUCUUCAGAGAAAGCAGAUUCCGUUCUGGCCCUUUUGAGAAACCAUGAAUUCUCCAACGCCGACAUCUCAAAGCUUGUAAGGAGACACCCACUAGUUCUCAUGGCCGAUGCCGAGAAAACCCUUCUGCCCAAGCUUGAGUUUUUCUGCUCCACAGGGAUAUCAAGGAUGGAUCUUGCCCGAACUCUGAGCUAUGAUCCGGCCCUUUUGAAGAUAAGCUUGCAAAACCAGAUUAUACCCGCUUACAACUAUCUGAAGAGCUUGCUGCUCUCUGAGGAUAAGGUCAUGAAGGUUUUGAAGAACAAGCCAUGGAUUUUCCUGGAAAAUCUAUCCAAGAACGUCGUGCCCAAUAUUGAGCUGUUGAGAGAAUUAGGAAUGCCCUCCUCUGGCAUUGCUCUGUUGCUAGCUCAUGCUCCGAAUAUCGUGAUGAAAAAGCAUGAGUUGUUCAGUGAGAUUGUGGGUGAGGUCAAAGAACUGGGAUUUGAGCCAAUGAAAUCGAGCUUUGUGUCUGCCAUACGCGUAUUGUCUGGGAAGAAGACAAUAUGGAGCAGAAAUUCAGAGGCUUAUAGGAAGUGGGGUUGGUCUGAGGAUGACAUUCUCUCUGCUUUCAAAUUGAACCCCAUGUGCAUGACCAAGUCAGAGAAGAAGAUCAUGGAAACAAUGGAAUUCUUGGUAAACAAGAUGGGAUGGCCCUCAGCAAGCAUUGCAAAAUAUCCAACGGUCGUGUGUUUGAGUUUGGAGAGGAGAAUCAUCCCAAGGUGUUCGGUUGUAAAAGUUCUGUUUUCGAAAGGAUUGUUGGUUGAAGAAAAUUUGAGUUUGGCCAGUGUGCUUUGUCCUGCGGAGAAGCCCUUCUUGGAGAGGUUUGUGAUCAGAUAUCUCGACCAAAUACCUCAGUUGUCCAAUGUGUACCAAGGGAAAGUGGAUAUCCACGACAUAUAUGAUUGA